UUUGUUUUGUCUAACUUAGAAAUAAUAUGCAACUUUGAUGUUUCAAUGUGCGGUUUCGUGCAAGGCGAUAAUGACAAGUUUGACUGGACUCGACACAAGGGAAGCACACCUUCUUCUGGUACAGGACCUUCCUUUGAUCACACCACUGGAAACUUGACAGGUGAGCUCUAAACUAAUUCAUCAGUACAUCUAGCCAGUCCUACUAUUGGCAACGAGAAUUGUAAUAACGUAUAACAAAUUUAACAGUCUGUUGGUAGGCAUUUCUACUUCAUUUUCUUCAUGAAAAUGUCGCUAGUUUUAGCACAGGCAGCCCAAGCGCAUUAUUUGUGGGUUCGGGUUUCAGAGGUCAUUUGGUCGGAAUAUACUAGAAUUAUUAGUGUAAUAUUUGAUGCCAAAUAAAUGCAAAAAUCUUAAAGAUAUGAAGUCUUCUUGUUUGUCUAUCUGUACUAUUAGCCUUUAAGAUAACGAAGGUCGAUAUUUCUCGCAUUAUUACAUGUGAUUCGGCCCUUAUUGUUCGAAUUUUAUCACAUGUAUUCGAAUCUACGACGCUAAGAAAAAAAAUCAUGAUCACGCAAAAUGUUGAUUCAAAAAGCUCCCUUACCUUUAGUUCAUAGCCACUCUGUGUCCUACGGCCGGUUUAAACUCCGUUUAGUCGACUUUCUUUCCAUCGAGUACUGAACACUACUGAACACUAUAGUGUUCAGUACUCGAUGGAAAGAAAGUCAACUAAACGGCGUUUAAACCACAUUGAUCGCGCAAAAUUGUUCGAUCGUGCCGAAUCACUGCCACGUCGAGAAAAACAGAACCAAGAGUCAUUGGUAUACUACUCCAUUGUAAGCAGUCCGUUGAUAAAAAGGGAAAGUAAACACUUCCAUUUUCUAAAAAUAUCCUCGAACACAAACAGUUCAAAAACAUGGCAUUUACAGGAUCUAACUCGUACUAGUGCCUCUCUAAGUCCGUUGAGAACAAUCUGGACGAGCGAAACGGGUCGUGUUUAUCGUUGCCGUGAAUCAAGAUAAAGACAAGAAGGAAUGUAGCCGAAUUUUAUAAAUUUUCCUUCGCCAGAUGUUCAGUUUCGUCACGAAACUCAUGGCCAUGCUGUUGUAAUCAUUUAAAAAAAAAUUACAGGAACAUUAAAAUGCUACCAAGGAACCGUAUUCUUAGUUUAGUAUUGAAAUAAUUCCCGGGAAAUACUUGCAUGCAACAACAACAACAACGGCAACAACUUUAUUUCAGUAUUCCCACGCCGAGUUAGUACAUGGUAUUACCUAUUAUUCCAUAUAAUUUUCAAUGCGUUUCAUUUAUACGAUAUUCUAACGAAAAGAGCGAAAAACACACAAUUGAAAUAUCUGAGUUCAUAUUUUUUGUCUGGAUACUUUUAUUUGGCUCGUGGGAAAAUUUUGUCCAUGUCAAGCUCACUUACGGUUGGCUGUUUGCCAAGUUGGAUCUUGACCCUGUGACAUGAAAACAUAGAAACAUUCAAAGAUCAGUGAAAGAUGUAAGUUUAGAUAACAGAGCUUGGAAAUCGAGCUUGAAAUGUGCCUCAAAGAAAACAAGGACAAUUUAAGAACCAUAAUCUGCAAAAUGUUGGUUGCUAAACGCAACAAACCUAAUUGAAAUGAAAGUUAAAUACUCACGUUUUCGCCACAACGCCAGACCAGUUUCACGUCGCAGACGGGACCACGACGGCAAGGUGGUGAGCACGAGCAUGCGCAAUAUCCAACAAAUGAUGAUGUCACGUCCGGUUGAAGUUGCCGUCGCCCCGAAAACGUCUCUAUCUUAAGUUCCCUGCCAUUACAAAGACCGCUGAUAAGCGGACACUGUAAAUCCACGUAAAAAAAUUCCACGGGCAAACAAUUUCAAAAUAACGCCAAAAAAUUCUUUUGUAAUCACCGUAGAACGAUUCUUAAUACAAAACUUUACUAACUAUCAAACAAUGGCUGAGAUUUAGACAGAUAAAAAACAGCCUUCCAAAAUCUCCGACAGAACUUGAAAAAGUCGGCCCGACUUUUUAAAGUUUGUUUUCAUUGACUCGCGCAUGCAUCAGGAGUGACAUAGCCCCUUUAAACUGCUCGUUUUUGUUUGUUUUUUUUGUUGCACAGGUGUAUUAAAUGUAGGCGAGAGUAUUUUUUUUCGACUGCCUCUUCAGAUCGGUGCAACUACAAGGUUGCAGUUACUCUUUACAUCCUGGGCUUUGUUGUCAUUUGCCCUCUUAUUCUACCAUGAAUAAUACGUCUGUCUUCAAAUAAAAAAAUAAAACGAAUAAAAGGAAACUUGGGAACUUACUAAUAGGUACUUCAGAUGAUCAUUCUACGUCAUUUAAGCUGAACUAUAACGUUGUUAGAAUACUGUUUUAAGUCAACUGGAUACUUUUUCAGUGCCUUCUGGUCAAUUUUUUUUCUUGUUGGCUCCCUUACAUCUUUUCCUCUUUGUAGGUUAUUACAUGUAUUUUUAGAAAUAUUUAGUCCACAGGAGAGCUGGAUGAUAUGACAUAAUUGGACCGUCCUUCACCGAAAAAGACUAAGUUGCUACUCUCUAACCAUCUUCAUCCCUAUAAGGUUAUUACAUGUAUAUAGAAGCAUCCAGUUCAAGACAACCAGGUGAUAACGCAAAAUUGUACAGUCCUCUAAUGAAAUUCUUUGGGAAUAUGUGCCUUCAGUUCUAUUACCAUAUGUCUGGUGCAACUAAUGAAAGCCUGAAAGUCAACGUAAGUGGGAACUUAGUGUUCUCUUCACGUGGUGAUAAAGGAGGCAUGUACAUGUGGCGUAAAGCCAGCGUAAAUGUAUCAGCCAUCGAGGGAUUGCAUAGGGUAAGCCAUGCGUUAUUUUUGUGUCUCUUCUAAUUCAACAACAAUAACAACAACCGAAUCUUUAUUUUUAUCAACUCAUUGCUUAACAAUAAAUUAGGAUAAUGAAAAUAUUGAAAGUAAAAUUAGAAUUUAAACUUUAAUGACCCCAUCAAUGGUGGUAAAACGCUGUUCUCUGAGAGCGGUAAUUGGGGAAGCCAACCGGGUUGGGAGCCAUAAGCCACCAAUAGCUCACUUUUUUUGUUAAUUUAAUUGCCAUUAAAGUAUAGCAGCGGGUCCGGGAAUUUUUUAAUAAAAGGGUUCUGAACUUGUGCUCACCGUUGAAAAUAUGUUACAACUGAUAGUUUUCACCGAUGCUGGCCAUUAUUUGCUGUUAUUUAGUUAAAUUUAUAUAACCAAGUGAACGUAGAUUCCUAUCUGCGAUCCUUAACUGGUAGUAAUUUCAGUUUCACUGAAAGCACCUUCAAUAAAAAGACUGUUCUGGUCUGAAGGGUGCGCAGGUCCACCGAUCCAGAAGACGUCUUUCGGUUCUCGAGUCUAUGUUCUUUUACUAACUCAUUGGUCCGAAUCUUUACUUUACUAAUUCACAUUGCUCCGAAUCUUACUUUAGCCAUAAGUUUCUGUACUUCUGUCUGUAAUAAAAAACUAAAAAGUCAACUAGACUGCAUCCGUUAUAAUACUUCAUCUUUACCAUUAACUAUAAAUUAAGCACAGAUAAGUGAUUUACCAUUUGGUAACAUUAUUUAGUCAUAGCAAGAUUAUUCUUUCUUACUCAUAGUGGUGCAUGUAAGUCCGUAAAUGCACAGGCGGCCCAGACGUAGUAUGUGUCACUGAAUGAAUAUAUUAAUAUUCACAUGGACAAAUUAAUGCCAUGAGUCGUCGAAACUCCCAUGAACUAAAAUAGUCCAGCAAAACUCAACAAAAUGCCACUUAAACCGGCCAGGAAAGACAAGGAUACGUUCAGUUGAAGGUAUCUUAGCUUUGUUUUGUUAUAUUUUGACUUUUGGACUAUUUUAGUUCAUGGGAGCUUCGACGACUCAUGGCAUUAAUUUGUCCAUCUGAAUAUUAAUAUAUUCAUUCAGUGACACAUACUACGUCUGGGCCGCCUGUGGUAAAUGUAGUGCAAAAUAUAUGAUGCGCUUGGUGUUUCCAAGAGGAUCUGUUUUGCUAUUAGCCGACAUUUCCUUAUUUCUAUUGUUAAGUUUGUAGUUUUUUGACAAAUUCGAAGAUAAUUUUUCAUUAAUUUCAAGACAAUAACAACAGCGACUCUUCCGGACUGAUUGCACCUUUGACAGGUAACAUUUGAAGGCGUAGUGGGAAGCAGUUACACUGGUGACAUAGCAAUUGACGACUUCUCCUUGACAGCAGGGUCAUGUCCUUAUGGUAAGUUUAUUGACUAA